GAAGACACCGCGCAUGCGUAAACCCCGACCCGCAUGGCGGUGUGGGAGACUCGCGGUUGUUUGCGGAAAAGGUCUGCCUUUUUUAUUUAGUGUUUUUUUUUUUUUAGCUCGAUCAAAGAUGUCCGCGGUGUUGUUUAGAGAGAGUACAAAGAUUUGCACCAUCAUUGCGAGUUCUCUCCGCACACUGCACUGUGAAAUACACAGAUAGUAAAAUUGCAUCUCUCCACUCCCAAAUGGUGUCACUGAUGGGCAGUGCAGCGACAAACCACGGUUGCCAUAUUGGGCUCCAGCAACUGGAGGCCAUAGCAGCUGCAACUCAUUCAUUUUUGGGGCCCGGUAAGCGGUACAAAAUGAUCCAGGACGAGGCAAGUGGCGAGUCAGUGCUAGUCAGGUCCUGUUAUCGUCUGCUGGAGCAGUUGGAGCUCAGUGGUUCUGUGGCUCAGCUUGUGCACGAAACCACCCGGGCACAUUGGAAGACGCUGCGUUCGGGCACGGCCUCACUGCUUUUCUUGUCUGGCGUCUGGAGCAGGGUGGCAUUGGAAUGUCUUCACCAAGGCAUUUCUAUUCGGCACAUAGUAGCUGGCAUGUCAAAGGGGUUGGAAGUUUGUUUAAAUGCCUGUAAUCUGAGUGCCGUAAAUGUGGAUUCAGUUGUUUUUAAUGCUAAUGUACAGAAACAGCGACUGAUUAGGACAUCACAGAGCGGUGAGGUUUGUGUGAAUACAGUGAAUAGCUUAUUAAGGGACCUUUCAUUGAGUAUAGGAAUGAAGGAAUUAUCCCAGGACCGAUCAAAAACCAAAAAUAGUGUUCAUACACUUUGCUUACUCAAAGACCAAUUUCCAUUAAAGCACAAUUUAAAACUCAAGCACAGCAGGCACUUUAAUUCCAGCCAUAUCACAGAAGAUGGGCAGACACAAACAAAUGUUUUUGACAUCACUCAGCUGGCUGAAGCCGUCUGUCACGGAUGUGAGACGACAGUGAGAUUAGUAAUUGAAGCUAGUAGGAUUCAGUGUGGACACAGUGAAAAUCAAAGCCAUAAAGCAUUAGAUGUUGAUAAACUAGUUACAUGCUUAUUGCCAGGAUUAACUGAGGAGCACUCAAGUGUACUCCAUGGGUACGUUGUGCUGUUGUCUGCAGAACUGGCAUUGCUUGUCAAGCAUUUAGAAGAACGGACAUUAAAGAUGAGCCUGGUUCAUGGUGACCUGAGUGAGAAACAUCGUCACAUAGGUUUCAACAGGCCUAGAGGUGUCACGUAUAUUAGCGAUUGCUUUGAUUUAACAGGAAUCAGUAAAGAGGACAAAUGGAUGGACGAGGCACUGACAAUACUUCUAAAUCUCAAGGUAGACAUUGUACUUGUAAGUGGAGGUGUUUCUGAGCAGCUGAAAAAUCACUGCCUCCAUCACCACAUCCUCAUUAUUGAAAAUGUACAAGUGUCUGUUUUGAAUGAUUUUGCUAAAGCUACGGGUGCACUUCCUGUCUCGUACAUCACGCAGCUCAGCGAGCAAUGCGUUGGCUCUGGAGUUUGUGUGAACACGCAAAGAGAGUAUCGGACUGAAGGAACCGAAUGGAUUGUGGUGAACGUCCUUACAGAUGACACAGUUCUGGUCACGGCCCUCAUCGCGAGCUGUGUUCAUGCUAAGCUCCAGAGUAUGGAGGAUCAGUUUUGGAGCUGUGCUUAUCGAGUGCACCAUGCACUUAAUGACAGAAAACUGCUGCCUGGAGCCGGAGCUGCAGAACUGAUCUGCAUCCAUCAGCUCCAAAAUCAUGAAAAUGUAUCCCAGUCAGAGGAGAAAGGAGACAUGCUCGAUGCAGCAAGAGGAGCAGCACCGUAUGAGCAGGUAAUUCUGCAGAUGAUGGCAGAAGGCUGGAUGGAUUAUGUGUCUACACUGAUGCUGAACACUGGACAUGUCAAAUCCAAAACACAGGCAUGGACAUAUAUAACUCAGCAUAUCAAACAGUGGGGGAACAAAGUGCCUGGAAAUAGUGAGAUGCGGGAAACUCUUCUAAAAAUGCAGAAUGAUUUAGAAAUAAUGCCUGUAGGAGGUGAAAGUAGAGAAGAAGAAGGAAUGUUGCAGAAAGUAAAAAUAGGAGUUUAUGAUAAUAUGAUGGUGAAGUUUGAAGUUUGGAGGAGAGCUCUGGAUCUGGUGUUUUUGAUUCUUCAGUCAGACACUGAAAUUGUCACAGGAAUAAAUAACAGUGAAGGACAAUACAAAGAUUUUGUGAUUCUUUAAUAUACUGUUCUCCAAAAAUAAACAAAUAUUUGUCAUUUCUUCAGUUAA